AUGACGAUGCAGCAUAGGAUGACCGUUGGGCUUCUCUUCGCGGCUUCCCAAGGUGAGACCUGCUCAAGGUGCUCGACCGAUCCGCGUAACCAUUUUACCGAUAAUGUGGGCACUGGGUUCGAGGCAGGUAUCUUCUCACAGUGGCCCGAGUCGCUCGGCUUAGCGGCUUUACGGUCUGCUAAUCUCGUCGAAAAGUUCGCCAAUAUCGCUCGGCAGGAGUAUCUUGCGGUUGGAUUGCGACUGGCCUUGCAUCCACAGGUUGAUUUGGCUACGGAGCAUCGCUGGGCGCGCAUCAACGCUGCUUUUGGGGAAGAUGCGGACCUGACCUCGGAGUUGGUUUCUGCCUAUAUUCGCGGCUAUAUUCGCGGCUUCCAAGGGGGAGCUAUCUUUGGACCCCAGUCUGUGUCGACGAUGACGGAGCAUUUCCUGGGGGUGGACUACAGAAGGAUGGGGAAGAUCCACAUUCGCGUGUAUCCAGGCAACCAGUUCGAGUAUCAUUUGAAACCGUUCACGGCUGCGAUCGCGGCGGGUGCGUCGCAGAUGAUGCCUUACUAUGGGAUGCAGGUUGGCACAUUGUACGAGGAAAUAGGCUUUGCAUUCAAUAGAGCUCUUAUUACGGGGCUCUUACGCGAAGAUUUAGGAAUUCAAGGCAUCAUCUGUACGGACAGGGAGCUAGUCACCCAGAAGGUGAUCAUGGGUCAAUUGAUGCCAGCGAGAGCAUGGGGCUUAGAGCAUUUGUCUCGAUCGGCCCGUAUUCAGCGCAUCAUGGAAGCUGGAUAUGAUCAGCUCGGCGGCGAGUCAUGCCCCGAGUUACUUAGGAAGAAUUCCAGUUGGGCUUCCGAGGAAAUCGUUGGCAACGAGGAGUUCUGCAAGUUGGGCGCUGAGGUGCAACGGCGCAGCUACACCUUGUUGACCAACACAGACAAUUGCCUGCCGCUGCGCCCCAAUCUUCAUCAAACAGCCAAAAUCUAUCUCGAAGGUAUUCCCACGGAAACCGUGCAAACAUACGGUCACCAAGUUGUGGAAGACCCGACUGAUGCCGACAUUGCUCUGCUACGUCUGAAGACUCCGUAUGAACCUCGCCUUGGCGGAUUCGAGUCGCUGUUCCACGUAGGCUCUCUGGAGUUCAAUGAAGAAGAGAAAGCCCAUCAGGCCGAGAUUGUCGACGCGGUUCCGACGGUCAUCGUAGACAUCUACGCUGAUCGUCCUCCGGUGGUACCUGAGGUUAUUCAACGGGCUUCUGCAGACUUUUGUCCUAUGGAAGCUCCGCUGACGCUUUCCUGGACGUCGUUCUCGGGAAAGGGUAGAUUGCCUUUUGGUCUCCCUUCGUCCAUGGAAGCAAUUCAGCAGUCGAUGUCGGAUACUCCUUAUGAUACCUGCGACCCCUUGUUUCGGUUUGGUCACGGUCUUCGGUAUAGCGCUUGA